AUGAGUAAUUGCAGCAGCCGGGCACUGACCCUACUCAGUAGUGUCUUUGGAGCGUGUGGUCUCCUUCUAGUGGGCAUAGCGGUUAGUACUGAUUACUGGCUUUACAUGGAAGAGGGAAUUGUUCUGCCUCAGAACCAGACAACUGAAGUAAAAAUGGCUCUUCAUGCCGGACUUUGGAGAGUGUGUUUUGUAGCUGGUCGAGAAAAGGGUAGGUGUGUUGCAUCAGAAUUUUUCCAUGGACCAGAUACUGACAUCGUGACAGAGAACACUGCAAAUAUACUCAAAACUAUCCGCAGUGCCACUCCCUUUCCUAUGGUCAGCCUAUUUCUUGUAUUCACCGCUUUUGUAAUCAGCAAUAUUGGACAUAUUCGACCACAGAGAACGAUACUAGCUUUUGUUUCUGGAAUCUUCUUUAUACUAUCUGGUCUUUCCUUGAUAGUUGGUUUGGUUCUUUACAUCUCUAGCAUCAAUGAUGAAGUUAUGAAUCGUCCCAGUAGUUCUGAACAGUACUUUCAGUACCGCUAUGGUUGGUCGUUUGCUUUUGCUGCAUCCUCAUUUCUUCUUAAAGAGGGUGCAGGUGUAAUGUCUGUUUACCUUUUCACCAAACGAUAUGCAGAAGAGGAGAUGUAUCGCCCACACCCUGCCUUCUACCGACCUCGGCUCAGUGACUGCUCAGACUACUCAGGUCAGUUCCUUCACCCUGAAGUAUGGCACCGAGGCCGCAGUCCAUCGGACAUCUCUAGUGAUGUGUCAAUUCAGAUGACUCAGAACUAUCCACCAGCCAUCAAGUAUCCUGACCACAUACAUAUAUCUACAUCCCCCUGCUAA